AUGAGUGAUAAAGAAGAAGGUGCAACAGGUGGAACAGCAGUUACAGAGGAAGAUUUAAAGAUUCUUGAAGCAUUUCAUGCUAUGAAAAUGAAACCACCAAAGAUUGAGAAACCAGAGGACUUGAUGUCCUAUAUGAAACAUUUAGGAGAUGAACUUAGAAAGGAUACAGUAUCUGCAGCAUCUGAAACAAAAUCUGGUGAGGAUCUAGGAGCCAGACCAAAGACAGGUAGUCAUCACUACCCUAAACUGUCAACAUUUUAUGGUGAGGAGAAUAAAGGAGAAGUAAGCUGGCCUACUUUUAAGUUUGAAUUGGAGGCACUUUUAGAAGAAAAAGUAUUUAGUAAAGAACAGAUACUACUUGGACUUAGGAGAGCGGUGAAAGGAAAUGCGAGUGACAUUAUAAGACGAUUAGGUACUGGCGUCAAUAUUCAUGAAGUGAUGAGGAAGCUAGAAGGGACAUUUGGUAAUGUAGAAACACAAGAGAGCAUUAUGGAGAAAUUUUACUCUAGUCACCAGAAAGUUAAUGAAUCAAUAACAAGCUAUGCAUCUAGACUAGAAGAAACAUUUACACAGGCCGUUUCACUGGGAGGUCUAAGUAAGUCAGAUGAUAGAAAAUUGAAGAGUGUGUUAUACAGAGGACUCCGGCCAGAAAUCAAACAGCUAUCGGGAUAUAAAUAUGACACCGUCGCAGAUUACGACCGAUUUAAGAUAGAACUUAGGAAGAUAGAGGCUAAUAUGAAGGAAGAACAACCUGAAAGUAAGAAAUGUCAUGCUGCAGUCAACAUAGACAAGAACACAAAUGAGGAGUUAUUGAAGAAACUGAAUAAGACAGAAGAGUUACUACUAAAGCUGAAUGCAAGGAUAGACAAAUUAGAAGAAAAGAAAGAAACACCAGAUAGACAGUUCAGUCAGAACUUUAACAGAGGAUAUAGAGGCUCAUACAGAGGAAACAGUGGUGGAAGAAGGAAUUACAGAGGGAGAUUCUACGAUGGAGAACUGCCCAAAAGAAUAAGUGCCUCUGUUGUUGGGUCAAACAAAGGCACCAAUCAGAAACAAGACCCCAAAUUAAUAGGUGAAACCAAUGAAGUAAAUAUCAUCAUAGGAAAUUUAGAAACAACAGCACUCUUAGACAGUGGAAGCUGCAUUAGUGCAAUUUCACAUUCAUACUGGAAAGACAAUUUAUCUGAGAUAGCUCCACUUCAACCAUUACAAGAUAUUGUGAAUUUGAGAAUAGAAUGUGCUGAUGGACAGAAACUUCCCUACAUAGGAUACAUUGAAACAGAAUUGAAAAUCACAAAUGGUUUACCAAAGGCUUCACCUCAGCAGUGUUUAUUUUUGAUAACGCCAGAUACAAACUACUCUUUUCGAACCCCAGUUAUCAUUGGCACCAACAUACUAUCAGAACUUCUACAAGAAUGCAAACAGAACUUUGGUCCUCAGUUCAUACAGAAAGCAGGUUUACACACUCCUUGGUUUCUAGCAUUCAGAUGCAUUACUUUCAGAGAAAAAGAGUUGAAGAGAAAUAAAAAUAAGGUAGCCAUAGUCAGAUGUGCAGAGCAAUCCAAAAUCAUUCUAGGUCCAAAUGAGUCGAGAGAUAUUUUAGGAGAAACGGACAAGGAAUUAGAAUACGGCCAGACAACAGCCAUCAUCCAUGAAACAGAAGAUAGUGUUUUACCAGAUUUCAUAGACAUUACACCAGGAAUUGUGAACUAUGACUACAAGAAAAACAGACAAAUAGUGGUUACAGUUUCUAAUCUCACAACAAACAGUGUAGUGAUUUCACCUAGGUCCAUCAUAUGUGAGUUACAACCUGUUAAAAUAGAAGAUAAAUUGUUAAGUGAGGCAGAUGAAGACAGUUCAAAUCAAGAUAUCAUGGAUAAAGUUACCAUAGAUACAGAUAACAACCUUACAGAAGAACAAAAUAAACGCAUCAAAGGCCUGCUGCAGAAACACAUAGAUAUUUUCUCGAAAGACGACACAGAUAUUGGAAACUGCACAAGAAUUAAACAUCGCAUAGAUUUAAUAGAUGAAGUACCUUUCAAACAACGACAUAGGAGAAUACCACCGAAUAUGAUAGAAGAAGUCAGAAACCACCUUGAACGCUUGUUAUCUGCAGGAAUUAUACAAAAGUCAAAGUCACCAUGGGCAUCUAACAUUGUUUUAGUAAGGAAGAAAAACAAUUCUCUCAGAAUUUGUGUUGAUUACAGGCAGCUCAAUAUUAAAUCAGUGAAAGACUCAUACGCUCUGCCACGUAUUGAAGAGGUUUUCGAUGUUCUACAUGGAUCCAAGUAUUUUUCAACUUUGGACAUGAAAUCAGGGUACCAUCAGGUAGAAGUAGAAGAAACACACCGAGAACGCACUGCAUUUACUGUAGGACCACUUGGUUUUUUUGAAUGGGUUAAAAUGCCAUUUGGUCUAGCCAACUCUCCAGCCACUUAUCAACGACUUAUGGAGGAAUGCCUUGGUGAUUACAACAUGACUAUAUGCGUUAUAUACUUAGAUGACCUGAUAAUCUUCGCGAACACUUUCGAAGAACACCUAGAACGACUCGACAAAGUAUUAACACGUCUUAAAGAAUGCGAACUUAAACUAUCUCCUGAAAAAUGCUACUUCAUACAAGAAAAAGUGAAAUUCUUAGGACACGUCAUAAGCAAACAUGGUAUAGAGACAGAUCCUUCUAAGAUAGAGAAGAUAAGAACAUGGCCAACUCCAAGAAAUGCUGAUGAAUUGAAAUCCUUUGUUUCCUUCGCAGGAUAUUAUCGCAGAUUUAUACGCGACUUCUCCAAAAUUACAAAACCUCUUACAGACCUGAUACCUGGAACUUCAACAAAGAAACGCUCAAAGAAAGAACAGAAAGAAUGGAUAUGGACCAGUACUGAACAACAAACAUUUGAAGACUUGAAAAAGAUACUAACAUCACCACCUAUAUUAGCUUUUCCUGACUUCACGAAAGAAUUCGAGUUACACACAGACGCGUCUGCUAAAGCCUUGGGAGCCGUCUUAUAUCAGGACAAACAAGUGAUCGCGUAUGCUAGUCGAUCUCUUACAAAAUCAGAGCGCAACUACUCGGCAUACAAAUUGGAAUUUUUGGCGCUAAAGUGGGCUGUUACUGAGAAAUUCGCAGACUACCUAGCAUUGAACCAUUUCACAGUAUUGACCGAUAACAAUCCGCUAACUUACAUAUUAACAACCGCAAAGUUAGACGCAACCGGACAACGAUGGGCUUCCGCAUUAGGCGAAUACAAUUUUGAUAUUCUGUAUAGACCAGGCUUACGCAACAUAGAUGCCGAUGCGAUGUCAAGAUACCCGUACGAAAGACUGAAUACUGGAGUUGAAACCAUGAUGAAGAUAGACGACAGCACAGUGAAAACUAUAUGUAGCAGUAUCAUAUCACCACCUUAUAUAGAAGUCAUACCAACAGCCAGUAUAAAUAUACUAGAGGCAACAGAGACACCAGGUGUACCUAUGGCACAACUUGAAGUUAGAGAAAUCCGACAGAGUCAACGACAAGACAGAUUGAUAGAAAGAUGGCGAAGAGCUGUGAUAGACCAGUAUUUACCAGAUAGAAAUCAGUGCAAGACAAAAGAGGACUUAUUUAUGAGGAAAAAUUUUCACAGUUUAAAGAUAGUGAGAGGGAUUUUGUAUAGAGAAGUAAAAGGAGAGAAUACAAUCAACCAACUAGUCAUGCCAGAAUGCUACAGAAAAAUGGUAUUACAAGGCCUACACAGUGAUAUUGGACACCCCGGACGAGAUAGAACUUUAUCACUACUUCGAGAGAGAUACUUUUGGCCAGGCAUGACAUCGGAUGUAGAGAACUGGGUUUCGAACUGCGAAAGGUGCAUAAGAAGAAAGUCAUCAACAAACAUUAAAUCAGAACUAGUGAACAUUGUCACAACUUAUCCUCUUGAAUUAGUAUCAAUGGACUACCUUACACUAGAACCAUCAAGAGGACAUGGUAACAUUCUUGUGAUAACUGACCACUUCACCAAAUAUGCUCUGGCAAUACCAACCAAGAAUCAGACAGCCAAAACUACUGCAGAUGCUUUCUACAACCACUUCAUUGUCAACUAUGGAAUUCCAACUAAAUUACAUACAGAUCAAGGUGCCAACUUUGAGUCAGACUUGAUCAAAGAAUUAUGCCAUAUCACAGGAAUGAGAAAAACAAGAACGACACCAUACCACGCAAUGGGAAAUGGCUGCACCGAACGCUGGAACAGAACAUUACUAGAUAUGUUAGGCACAUUAGAACCAUCAAAGAAGCCUGAUUGGAAGAAUUACAUCCCAUCAUUAGUAUACGCCUACAAUUGCACCAAACAUGAGAGUACUAAAACGACACCAUUCGAACUUAUGUUUGGAAGAAAGCCCAAGUUACCGAUUGACGCAGUAUUCGAAACUUCAGACAUUGAACAGCCAACAUCUAAAACAACAAAAGACUACAUCCAGAACUUAAAGAAAAGAAUGCAGACUACGCAAGAAAUAGCAAAGAAGUAUACGGACAAAGCCAGAGCGAAACAAAAGAAACAAUACGACAAGAAAGCUACGGCAUCCAGAAUUUCAGUAGGAGAUAAAGUCCUCAUUAAAAUCCUUGCAUUUGAUGGAAAGCACAAGAUAGCAGAUAAGUUUGAAGAAGAGGUGUACGAAGUAGUAGAACAGCCUAGAUUAGAAAUACCAGUGUUCAGAUUAAGAUCUAAAUCUGGAAUUGAAAAAGUACUUCACAGAAAUCAUCUGUUACCUAUACAGACUACAGACAGUGAAAGUGAAGAGGAAAUUAAGAUAAUGAGACCUGUUCCCAAACCGAGGAAAUUAAAGAAACAGAAGGAUGAAAUUGUGGAGAAAAGUGAACCAAAGGUUACACUUCCAGAGAUAAAUAGAAUAGAAAGAAGUGACGUCACAAGUGAUUCAGAGUCAAGUGAUUCAGGUGAUGAAUAUGUGCCUAACACAUACAAAAGUGGGGACGCCCACAUUCCUGAAAUUACAGAUAAAGUAAAUAAAGUAGACAGAAAGAAAGAUAGCAGAACUGAAGAAUUAGAAAGAGAAAUGCAUGUAAAAGAAGUGGAUGAAACGAGAAAACAUACAGGAGAUGAAAUACAUGGUAGUCAAAUUGACAACAUGGGAAUUCACACUGAAGACGAUGACAUGAGAAUUCAUACUGGAGAGGAUGAUAUGAGAAUUCAUACUGAAGAGAAGAACAUGAGAAUCCACACUGGUGAUGACAACUUGGGAACACACACUGAAGAUAACAUGGGCAUUCAUACUGAAUAUGAAAACCUGAGAAUACAUACUGAAGAUCCAGUAGAUAUAGGAACAGAUAGUGAAGUUACAAAUAAGGAUAGUUCAGUUAGUGAAGUUACAGAUAAGAAUAGUUCAGUUAGUGGAGUAACAGAUAAAGAUAGACAGAAAGGACAUUCUGAAAUAGAAAUGAUUAAUGAGGCUGAAAAUAGAAAAGGAGAGAUAAAUUCUACAGAAACUGUGUUAGAAAGAGAGAGAGGAAUUAGAGAAGGUGCCAUAAGAAAAGUACCAAAUAUACAGAAACGUGUAAUGAUAUCAGAGGAACCAAAAAUAGAAACAAUUGAAACAAGAGAACCAAAUAUAGAGAGAAAAAGGAAAGGACAAAAGCCUUUACCUAAAAUACCUACAAGAAGGUCUGAAAGGGAGAAAAGAUUAACGGCUAAUUUAAAAGACUAUGAGAUGAAUGUAAUGGUUUCAUAUCCUCCAGACUAUAGGUUACAUGCCUUAGAUGUUUUUAUAAAUUCCGGUGUUUUAAAGGAUGUAGAUCCAGAAGUUGCAAAGAAAGUGAUAAAUGCAGUUAUGCAGUAAUAUGUAUCACACUGUAAACAGAAUUGUGAAGUGAAAGUAUAAAUUGCACUGAAUAGAUAAAAUAUUAAUAGAGAUAAAAAGAGAUAAAUCAAGAGAAUUAUUUCUUAGAGAAAAUAUAGGCUGUACAGAAUCUGUACAGAAUGAUGUAGCUUGAUUGAGCAUAUUGGAUUGAAUAUUGUUGUUUUUAUUGUUUUUAAAUUUUUAAAUGUCUGAUGCAUAAUGUUGUUUUGUCUACAAUUGUGAGGUCACAAUUUUUGAAAAGGGGAGACAAUACAGUAGAUUUGUUGACAAAAUUUUUGCUAUUCCUUUUGAGAAAUACAUGUUUAAUCACAUGUUUAAAUUUUUAUGAGAAAUAUUUAAGGGGUAUAUAAAGUAGCCUUUAUUAUGUUUAUUAGUUAUGUCUUAUUGUAAUAUAUUAUGUAUAGGACGGUGUAAUAUUUGACGUAUGAAUGACGGGACGUCAUUUCUCAGACAGGGGAAGUGUGUGGCAGUCUUGAUUUUAAGGCUUUGGAUUAAGUAGUUGUUUAAGCUAAGUUAUCUCCCUUUGACCAUAGUUGUAGUUUGUGUCCAGUCAGGUGUAUUGACCUUAGGUCAAUUUGUUCCCUCUAAAAGACUGUGUUCUGAUUGGUUUAGGCAUCAGUGAUCAAUAUCUCACUACCUGGAAAGCUUUGAUACUGUGUACAUGUAUUUGGUAGAGGUUGUUUUAAAUCAGUAAUAUAUUAGUUUUAAAGGAAUGGAAUUAUUAGUCAGAGACCAUUAACCUGAAUCACAGUGUGAUAGAGCAGAUGAGUUGUUGGUGCAGCUGGUGAUGUUUUCUAUAGUGGUGAUGCAUUUAAGUCCACAACUUGGAUGCUUAGUUUACCAACCAAUAAAUUGAUAAAGGUACAAAGAGCUUGUUUCCUACACACGGCCUCCAGAUGGACCUACUCCUCAACCCCCACUAGCAGUUAUACUUCUUUAUAAUUUACAAAAGGACUUUAAGUAAAACUAGCCAAGUGACA